GUCAAAUUUUUUCGUCCUUCAAAAGAGAGACAGGAGAGAGAAGGUGCAGCUGUGUUGUCUGUGGGGGUGUGGGAUAUUAUUGAAGAAGAUCUGGCUCAAUUUAAUCCGUGGGCAUGGCGAGUCUACGUUACACGCGGAAUCUCUUCUUGAGAGGAAUAUGUGUCAUAUAUAUGUUCGCGUUCGCUUCUUUCUACAUACAAAUUCCAGGACUGUAUGGCACAAAUGGCAUUUUACCUGCCCGGACUCAGCUGAUAGUGAAAGGAGCAGACUCUAUCUUGACUCGCAUUAAGGUGAAACCAACUCUGCUAUGGCUUGCUCCGUUUCUGGGGCUCAAUACGGAGUACAUGAUGGAUGUGUUGGCUCUGGCAGGAACUGGCUUAGGUCUUGCAGGAUUUGUUAAACAAUCCUUCUGCACGGCGCCAGUGUUUGCCAUACUUUGGGCACUGUAUUUCUCCCUUUGCCAAGUUGGUCAAACUUUCAUGGAAUUCCAAUGGGACUCUCUCUUGCUGGAAUCUGGCAUUUUAGCUAUCAUUGCAGCCCCGUGGUUCAGUAGUGGUGCGAGGAAGCAAUCGCCCACAGAUCCUAUUUCCCUUUUCUUGGUACGUUGGCUUUUCUUCCGACUCAUGUUCUCAUCUGGUGUUGUUAAGCUGACAAGUGGUUGUCCGACAUGGUGGGGUCUGAACGCUCUCAAUGUUCAUUUUGAGUCUCAGUGCAUUCCAACUCCUCUUGCCUGGUAUGCACACCACCUUCCAACUGGUUUUCUUCGUUUCGUGACUGCUGUUGCUAUAUUAGCAGAAACAUUGGUCCCAGCCUUUUUCUUCUUCCCUUUAAGAUCAGUCCGAACCUUUGCCUUUGUCCUUCAGGUGUUUCUGCAGUUAAAUAUCAUCCUGACUGGAAACUACAAUUUCUUCAACCUUUUGACUAUCACACUCAGUCUCUCUCUUUUGGAUGAUGAUUUCUUUAUUAGUAAUACUUCCUCUGCCUUCAACAAGAUACUUUCUCAGUUGUCCAGUCUUCUAGCUGCUGCCUUGUUAUCAUUUGCAAUGGUGAUGCUUUUCAAUGUCAAAUUCAAUCCAGAUUGGUCCAUUGAGACUUCUAUUGGAUUCAAUUUAAGUGAAUUUGAUAAUGCUCUUGGGGCAGCACUUCCACAGACAGUGAUCAUAGGUUUCUGCUUUUUGGUUUUCGCUGCUGUAAGUGGUGUUGUCGAAUCCUUACUUCGCCCCAGUAAAUACCUGAAUAAAGCUCUAGCUUUAAGUUCAGUUCUCAUCUAUACAAGUAUUGCCGUUUUUGUGUUUGGAAUCAGUCUUGUUCCAUACUCCACUUUGCACCCUAGUGGCAACACCACAGUUAACUCUGAAAUUCGGUCAUGGCAUACUAAAACACAACAAUGGCGCCUUGUUGAUGGUUAUGGUCUUUUUCGUCGAAUGACUGGAGUUGAAGGGAGGCCAGAAGUGAUUAUUGAAGGCUCUAAUUCUCUGGAGGGGCCAUGGAAAGAAUAUGAGUUCCUUUACAAACCUGGAAAUGUAAAUUCUACCCUUCCAUUUGUUGCUCCAUACCAGCCAAGACUAGAUUGGCAAAUGUGGUUUGCUGCUCUUGGCACUUACCAUCAGAAUCCCUGGCUGAUGAGCUUGACUUAUAGAAUACUCUCGGGGCAACCAGAAGUCUUGCAGUUGCUGGAUGCAUCACGUAACCCAUUCCCAAGCAAACCACCAAGAUACCUCAAAGCAAGCUUGUACCAUUAUCGUUACACUGACUGGAAACAAAGGUGGGGCUCUAGCUGGUGGACCAGGGAAAAGGUUGGUGAGUACUUCCCUAUCUUCACUCGUGAUCAUCCACCAUUGCUAGAUUAUCUGAACACUAUGAAAGUUUUGAGUCCAAGUGCUAAAGAGGAGCCUCCAGUUGCAUGGCUCAAGCUUGCUCUCGAUUUUAUCCGGUCAUUUGUUGCUUUGGUGGAGCCAAGCAUUCUCCUGAUAUCACUUUUCAUAUCUGGCUGUGUCCUUAUUACAACGAUCCUUAGCCAAGGUCAGCCCCCCAAACGGUUGAGACAAAAGUGAACUGUCCAAAUUACUGUCCUCUUAAUUCAUAAAAGUAGUGUUACACCUGAGGAAAGGUACUCUGUGGCCAUGAUCUUAUUUUGUUCUAUGAUAAACAAAGUUACUAGUUUUUUUUUUUAUACGUCUUCGGUCCAGUCAGCUUUAAGAGCAGUUAAUAUAUGAAAAGAUCUGAGUCCAAUUAUUUUGUAGCUUCAUUUGCAGUUUCUAUUGUAUGUACAAAGUAAAUCUUAUCUUGCCUUUUUAUACCUUGUUAUUGUAACUUCUUUAUGUCUGCACUGUUUUCAGUAUUCAUUGCAUUUCAUUUUAUAUUCUGUAAGAGAUGUUUAUUUGUGCGUUUUUAAAAUUAAGAAUUUAGAAUUAAUAUCAUGUAUCUGUUACAUCAACAUACAUUUAUUAAUGUGGUACUAAUAGUCUGUGCCUUAAUGUUUGAGACAAAUGUGUUCCUCUUUUUUUAAAUUAAUACUAUAAUAAUCGGUGUAGAAUUUUUUAUGUUGUAAUGAAUUAAAUUUUUAACCAAAUAUCUAGUGUUCAUUGUGGGAGAAGGAACAGCAACAGAAGAGUAGAGACUUAUGUAUCUUUCUCUACUGUUCCUCACCACUCAGGGAAUGAAUUGUAUGACUACUCAUGUAUCAAACAUGGGCUUUAAUAAAUAGGUCUGAAACACAA